GCGUACGUAAUAUGUACAUAUACAAAUAUCACACCAAUAACAGAAAACAUUAAAGUGUAGUUCUCACUUUCUCAGUACAGCUGAAGUAACUGUAGUGUUUGAACGUCUAAAAUUUUAUUUUAAUAUUUUAAAUAUCGUUGUUAAAAUGGAUCGAAAAUUCGUAAAUGUUAUUAUAUUAGGAUUCGGUUUUAUGUUUGUGUUUACUGCAUUUCAAACAAUGGGAAAUAUUGAGAAAACUAUACUCGACAGUAUUACGCAAGACGACAGUUCCUUCACCGGAGAUGGGUACACAUCGCUCGCCAUUAUCUACGCUACUCUCGCAAUUUGCAACUGGUUGGCACCAUCGGCUAUUACGAUUACGGGUCCAAGAGGGGCAAUGCUUAUCGGGGCCGUCACAUAUUUGUUCUUCAUAGUGACGUUCCUGUUUCCUCGCACGUGGCUGCUGUACGUGGCGAGCGUGCUGAUCGGCGCCGGGGCAGCCAUGAUAUGGACCGGCCAAGGGAACUAUCUCACAAUGAACAGCGACGCGGAAACGAUAUCGAGGAACUCGGGUAUCUUCUGGGCUAUGCUACAAUGCAGCAUGUUCUUCGGUAAUCUGUUCGUGUUCAUAAAGUUCCAAGGGAAAUCUCAUAUUGAUUUGGAGACGCGCAACGUUGUGUUCGGCGCCCUGACCGGCGUGUGCGUCCUCGGGAUCGUCUUCCUCGCGCUACUGCGGCCGAUCAAGCGGACGACCACCGUCGAAGACGCCAAGGUUGAAAUCGCCUAUCGCGACGCCGAAGGGCCGCUGGAGGCUUUCAAGGGCGCCCUGAAAUUAUUCUGCACCAAAGAUAUGCUACUUCUGAGCGUCACCUUCAUCUAUACCGGAAUCGAGCUUUCGUUCUUCAGCGGCGUGUACAGUCCCAGUAUCGGGUUCACUUUGGCGAUGGGGGAAAACGCGAAGCAGCUCGUCGGGCUCUCUGGGGUGUUCAUUGGAAUGGGCGAAGUUCUCGGCGGGGCUUUGUUCGGUAUUUUGGGAAGCAAGACCACACGUUGGGGCCGCGAUCCCAUCGUCAUCAUGGGCUUCAUAAUCCACCUCAGCAGUUUCUUCCUGAUCUUCAUUAACUUGCCGACGGUGGCGCCCUUCGGGGACACGUCCGAGGUGUCUUACAUCACCCCGUCUGCUGAGCUGGCGAUGUUCUGCAGCUUCCUGCUGGGCUUCGGAGACGCUUGCUUCAACACUCAGAUCUACUCGAUACUCGGCGGCAAUUACUCGGAUAACAGCACGUCCGCGUUUGCGCUCUUCAAGUUUACACAGUCUCUGGCGGCGGCGGCGUGUUUCUUCUACUCGUCGAAGGCGCUGCUGUCGGUGCAGCUCGUGGUGCUCGCCGCGCUGGCGUCCGUCGGCACGGCGUGCUUCUGCCGCGUGGAGUGGGCGGGCAGGGCGCGCGCGCGGGCCGCCGCCCUCGCCGCCGCCGCCGACGACAAACCCUCGCCCUCGCACGCUCUCGCCGACGCCGACGCCGACAACGCUCUGCACUACGACUGACCUCGCCGCGUGACCUCCCGGAGCGAACACACGGACCAGUGACACAUGCCCCGCAGCUAACCCGUUCAAAUUUGGAAUUAAUGAAACAUGUUCUGAAGUCGUCGUGGCCUUAAGGAUAAGACGUCCGGUGCAUUCGUGUGUAGCGAUGCACCGGUGUUCGAAUCCCGGUGUACCAAUUUUUCUAAUGAAAUACGUCCUCAACAAAUGUUCACGAUUGACUUCCACGGUGAAGGAAUAACAUCGUGUAAUAAAAAUCAAAGCCGCAAAAUUAUAAUUUGCGUAAUUAUUACUGGUGGUAGGACGUGUUGUGAGUCCGCGCGGGUAGGUACCACCGCCCCGCCUAUUUCUGCCGUGAAGCAGUAAUGCGUUUCGGUUUGAAAGGUGGGGCAGCCGUUGUAACUAUACUGAGACCUUAGUUAAAACUUAAAUCUCAAGGUGUGUAGCGCAUUUACGUUGUAGAUGUCUAUGUGCUACAGUAACGAUUGACUUCCACGGUGAAGACAUAUGAUAUCUAUAAAUUAAUUUGCGAUCACAAAGCAGCUUCUUUUUACUUUUGAUAUUAUAUUAGUAAUGAUAUUAUUUUAUUAACAUAAGUUUAUUUUAAUAUAUCUAAAUCGCUAACAAUGUUCUGAAAGGACCUAUGCUACUUUUAUUUGAAUGUGAGAUGAUUUAAACAAUAAAAGUUACCGAGAGAGGAAAGUACUUAUGAUUCUUCAUAUUAUGAAGAGUGAUGGACUGUAACAGGGUUUUAAAAUAAUAUUUAGAUUAGCUUUCAUAAUAUACAGGAUUGAAAAAAAUGUAUAGAAUAUGUACUGAUUAAGAAUCGUGUUACCGUCGAAUAUUUAAACUUCGAAUAAAUUGAAAAGUAUUAUUAAUUAACACCAACUUCCGGUUUAAAAUGAUGCGAUAAAAUACAAUUACACUAUAUGCAAUUUUAAGUAUUCUGACUAUACACAUUGCCCGUACAUGUGAGACUGAUAUAUCCAAUUAUCCAAUGAAUUGACACACACAACAUACAUAAUAUAGGUACAUGCUAAAAUGGAGACAGCAGAAACGAUUGUGAUUGUUAGUUAGUUUUAAGUAUAAUCAAAAUAAUAACAUUCCUGUUAAAGUAUUGCUUCUAUUUUAUGACGAUAUUUUUAUUUUCAUGUAAUUUUUUUUUUCAUAUUUUAUAAUACUUACAUAGUUAUUUUGCUAAGUAUAUUUUUUUAUUAUUUUUAAUAACUAAAGGCAUGUAUUGAGGUUAUACUUUUUUAUAAUUAUCAUUUUGAGUUUAAAUUAUAGAUAUGUAAAUAUAAAUCAAUAUACAUUAUACAAUAUACAUAAUAACAUUCCAAUUGAACUAUUUAAAAAUAGUAAAGUUUAAUAAAGUAAAA